ACUUCCAAUGGUUGCCUCUUCCCCCAUCUGGUUCCUUGCCGAAGCCGCAUUGCAACACCCUAAUGGCGGAGCUACGCAACUACUUGCACGCUGCAGUACCAGCUCCGUUGAUGGAAGACGGAGUAGCAGUUGUUGACCUUCGCGAGUACAUUGUGAAGAUUGACCGCGAGUACACCACGCAAUGGUACGACGACACCGACGCACCGUUACUCUACGUCCGCAUUCAGAUCGGGAAGGCGACCUGCAGCGCCUUGAUUGAUUGUGGAGCUACUCGCAACUACAUCAGCCAGGAUUUCAUGACCCGCGCCGGCUUUGGGCCGCGCGUUCGAAGGAAAUCGAAGCCCACGCAAGUCACGUUGGCCGACGGUCGUACGCACAAGUCCAUCGACCGGUGCAUUGACUCCGUCCCCGUGUCCUUCGCCCCGCUUGCACGCGAGGUCGUGUCCUUUGACAUAUUGGACACAAAGUUCGACAUGAUCUUGGGCAUGUCAUGGUUGCGCAGCGAGGACCACCCAGUGAACUUCUACCGCCGCACCCUCGCUGCAAUCGAGGCUGAGGAACAACGCCAGCUGGCAGUCAAGGCUGCCCAGCUACAGGCUGAUGAAGCCGCAACAGCAGAGAAGCUGCGGCUACAGGCCGAAGCAGACGCAGAUGCCCAAGCUCGCCGCAAGGAAGCCCAGGCUCUGCUGCAGCGGCAUGAAGCCAGCAGCAUCGAGAAACUCAAGUACUGGCAUUUUGAACCAAACGGCGACGAGGCAACACCGGAAGAGCAUCAUAAGGAGUUCAUGGCCAAGCUCGUGAGCAGGUUGGCUUACACAUGUAACCACCUACAGUCCGAGCUGGCAAACCUUCAGCGGGCCGUGCGGAAUCAGAAGACUCAGCACGAGGAUGCCACACGGGCACUGGACGCCCGUGUACUGGACCUCGAACAGGCUGUACCAGGAUCAACUGCUGGGGCUUCCAGCAGUGCAUCCUCUAGCCGCCAACUGGAGGAACGCGCUGACCAUGUAGUGGCAAUGCUAGGAGACAUAAGUGUCUUCACAGAGCCGGCCACCAUCAGCCAGCGGUUCGAGUUGUUGGACUCCAAGAUCAGUCAGCAACAGCAGAAAGACCACAUCCACAACAACAGCUUGGCGAGGCCAUACAAGAUGCCGACGUUCCGGAUCGAGAAAUUUGAUAACUACACACAUCAAGACCCGGUCGUCUGGUGGCAAGGAUUUACAACAGAGUUGGGGAUUCACGAAGUCCCUGACCAUCUGUUCAUCAGUGCUCUGUUCAUCAACGCCAAGGGAGGUUGUCAGAUCUGGCUCAGCCACAUGGCAACCAUCCACGGCGUCCAGGUUUCAGACCUGUACAAGAAGGUCUCCCGGGAGGACAUGACAAAGGAAUGGAAGAAGCGGUUCAUCGUCGACGACGCCCCGACACUCGCCGUCAACCGCAUCUUCACGAUGGCUCAAGGGAGCACACCAACACGUGACUGGCUCACAGAUUGGCAGAAAAUCGUGGCGACGCCCGAUUUGGACUUGUCAUUUCUGCAUCUGCGGCGUGAGUUCUACAACAAGUCAUGCGCCGCUCUCAGCCUCACACUGGGUGAUCGUGAGCAGUACAGCAUUUUCGCAGAGAUCAUCAACAAGGCGAGAGAGCUCAUCAAGACUAACAAGCCGGCUGCACACGAGAAGUCCACGUGGCAGCCAACCUAUGUGGAGAAGGUACGAACUGGUCCGCGACAGCAGCAGUUCACUGCAGUCCAGUCGGACAGUGGAGAUAACCCAGCAGCCACUCCAGCAUCAAGUGACGGAGACCAGGUGGCUGCUGUCCAGUCGACAGUUUCCAUGGGUCAAGUUUGGCUUGACCGAGGCGGAGUACAAAGUCUGUGGCCGCUACGACAGCUACUAUUGGUGCAACAGCACCAAGCACAAGACCUCCCUGUGCCAAGAUCAGGGCAAGGAGGAUCUGCGACCCCGCCUCAGCUCACGAAACUUAGCUCCGCGGAAGGUGAGGCGACUCCACCUUCUACUCCGCCAGAUUCGGCCGCCUUGCUAGCGGCCUCCUGCACAUCUGGGGAGGAUCCGAAUGUCGCAAGUCCUCGGUAUACUUACGAGGAUUAUGUUGUCCACUUGGUUCCACCGUUGGACCAACCGCUCCACGUGCAACAGUUCACCGCAUGCACGGUUUCAUCACCAUCGGCAACGGAUUCGACAGCUUCGCCGCAAUCUAUCGUCGGGGAUUCGACGUCAUGGUCAAGACUUGAUGAGCUCGACCCGUUCACGUUCACGGACUUCCAGUGGAUGCCCGUUCCCUCGACCGGACGAUUGUCGAAACCGCAUUGCAAUGUGCUCAUGGCACAAUUGCGGGACUACUUGCACACUGCAGUACCAGCUCCGUUGAUGGACGCCGGAGCAGAGGUUGUCGACCUUCUCGCGUACAUCGCGAAGAUCGACCGCCAGUUCAAGACUCAACGGUACGACAACAUCGACGCACCAUUGCUAAACAUACGCAUUCAGAUCGGAGAGGCGACCUGCAGUGCCUUGAUCGAUUGCGGAGCAUCUCGCAACUACAUCAGCCAGGACUUCAUGACGAUCAGGAACGCCAGCCCUCUCCCACGCAUCGACGACCUUCUCGAGCGAUUGGGCGGCGCCCAAUUCUUUUCUAAGCUGGAUCUCAAGUCAGGGUACCACCAACUCGAGAUUCGCAAGGAGGAUCGCUACAAGACCGCGUUCAAGACACGGUAUGGGCAUUUCGAAUGGCUGGUCAUGCCAUUUGGCCUUACGAAUGCCCCAACCACUUUCCAAGCGGCUAUGACGACGGAGUUCCAACACAUGCUGGAUUGUUUCGUACUUAUCUACCUCGACGACAUUCUGGUUUACAGCCGGAGUCUGGACGAGCAUGUGGAACACCUGUGCACCGUUUUGGAGUGGCUACGACAUGCCAAGUACAAAGCAAACCGCGACAAGUGUGAGUUCGCACAGCAGGAGCUGGAGUACUUGGGACACUAUGUGACGCCRCAAGGCAUCCGUCCGCUUGCGGACAAGAUCGAGGCCCUACGAGUAUGGCCCGAGCCCACCAACACCACGGACGUUCGUUCAUUCAUGGGGUUGGCGGGCUACUAUCAGCGAUUCAUCACCGGAUACUCCAGGAUUGUUGCACCUAUGACGAGGUUACAGUCGCCAAAGGUGCCAUUCGUAUUCGAUGACGACGCACGCCAGUCAUUCCAAGCACUUAAGACGACUAUGCUCAUGGCACCCGUCCUUAGCAUCGACGCGAGUGACUACGGACGCUUCCGGCUAUGGCAUUGGGGCAGUCUUGGAACAGCACGACGGCGACGAUUGGCACCCUGUGGAGUGAGGGGAGCACUGAGCACGAUGGAGAGAUUGACUAUAAGCGCCCUUGUCGUCAUAGAUGUACAUGCAAGAGAUGUAGUGACUGAACUGAAGGAGAAAGGGGUCUCCAAGGAGACGGAUUUUGAAUGGCUUAGCCAAAUGCGGUAUGAAAUGGAGGAUGGACUGGUGGUGGUCCGGAUGAUAAAUGCAGCAAGGAACUAUGGGUACGAGUACUUGGGAAACACCACACGGCUUGUCAUCACUCCACUGACAGAUAGAUGCUAUCGUACCCUUAUGGGAGCCCUGCAUCUCAAUCUGGGGGGUGCGCCGGAGGGUCCAGCUGGAACAGGAAAGACGGAGACAACGAAAGAUCUGGCAAAAGCACUGGCCAUGCAGUGUGUUGUCUUCAACGGCUCCGACGGUCUUGACUUUCUUGCAAUGGGAAAGUUUUUCAAAGGUCUCGCUGCUUCUGGCGCUUGGGCGUGCUUCGACGAAUUCAAUCGAAUUGAUCUGGAGGUGCUAUCCGUCGUUGCCCAGCAGAUCUUGACCAUCCAACGUGCAAUCAUGGCAAAGCUGGAGCGUUUCGUCUUCGAAGGGACCGACAUUCCUCUCGUACUUACUUGCGCAACUUUCAUCACCAUGAACCCCGGCUACGCAGGCCGUUCUGAGCUUCCGGAUAACCUCAAGGCCCUUUUCAGGCCUGUUGCUAUGAUGGUUCCAAACUAUGCAAUGAUCGGGGAGAUCAUUCUCUACUCCUUCGGCUAUCAAAAGGCACGGGACAUGUCGAGGAAACUUGUUGCCACGUACCGGCUUUGUAGUGAGCAGCUCUCCUCACAGGACCAUUACGACUAUGGCAUGAGAGCAGUUGUUGCAGUUCUGCGUGCUGCGGGGAAUCUAAAGCGUCGAUAUAAAGAUGAUGAUGAAGCAGUACUUGUCCUCCGUGCGAUCAGAGAUGUUAAUCUCCCUAAGUUCCUGAACCAUGAUAUCCCUCUGUUUGAAGGAAUCAUGUCGGACCUGUUUCCUGGUGUGGUGUUGCCGAAACCGGACUAUGAUGCGAUUAUUGACGCAAUCAAGCAGAAUUGUGAGAAGAACAACCUGGUCCCCGUGGAUGCUCUUGUCCGUAAGAUCAUUGAGCUGUAUGAGAUGAUUGUUGUGCGGCACGGUCUCAUGAUUGUCGGCCACUCAUUUGGGGGCAAGACUGUUAUGUACCGGAUACUGGCGGCUGCAUUGGGAGAUCUCUGUGCUGCAGGCCUGAUGGAAGAAAAAAAGACAAGGUAUGAUGUUAUAAAUCCAAAGUCAAUUACUAUGGGACAGAUGUAUGGACAAUUUGAUGCUGUGUCGCAUGAAUGGACAGAUGGUGUGUUGGCGAUGACUUUCAGGAAGAUGGCAGUGGAUCGCAGUGAAGAUCGCAAAUGGAUUGUCUUUGAUGGGCCUGUCGAUUCCAUCUGGAUCGAGAAUAUGAACACCGUGCUUGAUGACAACAAGAAGCUAUGCCUGAUGAGUGGUGAGAUCAUUCAAAUGUCUGCACCGAUGACCUUGAUCUUUGAAGUUCAAGAUUUGGCAGCGGCAUCACCAGCAACGGUCAGCCGUUGUGGCAUGGUGUACGUCGAACCCGCUGCUAUUGGAUGGCGUCCAUUAGUGCAGAUAUGGGCCAAAGGCUUGCCGGCAAUACUGACAGACGCUCACAGAGAACAAGUCAUGAAAAUGUUUGAGUGGAUGGUUCCUCCCUGCCUGCGCUGCGUCAAGAAGAACUGCAAGCAGAUUCUUCCUAUGCAGGAACACAACAUGGUGCAGAGUCUAAUGCGCCUCUACAAGGCUCUCAUGUACCCAGAGCUCAUGACUCAUGAGAUGGCAGUGCGAAUAGAUCCGACGGCGAUCACUGCAUGGCUUGAUGGGUUGUUUCUCUUCUCUCUCAUCUGGACUCUCGGAGGCUGCAUUAACGCAGCAGGUCGUCCGAAGCUUGACCAUCUGAUUCGCAAGCUCCUGGCAAACCAGCCUCCUGAGGAAUACAAGCCCUUCAUUGUUGCCCCAGCGCGAAAGGUCGCAGUGCCUAUUCCAGAAGGCAAACUGGUUUAUGAAUUCUUCUUCCUCAAGGAGAAGGCAAAAUGGGUACCAUGGAGUGAGUUGAUGGACGCUAAACCGCUCUCUUUGGAGUUGGAAUUCCACAAGAUCAUCAUUCCGACUACGGAUACAAUCAGAUACACUUUCUUGCUCCAAACCCUUGUGACACAGUUGGUCCCUCUCUUGUUGGUUGGGCCCACUGGUACAGGCAAGACGGUCUAUAUCAAGCAGUUUCUGGGGAAGGACCUCGAUCCCACCAAGUUCCAGUCCAUGUUCUUCAAUUUCUCGGCUCAGACGAGUGCAAAUCAGACGCAGGACAUCAUUGACAGCAAAUUGGAGAAACGGCGGCGAGGUGUAUAUGGGCCAACCCUUGGAAAACAGUAUGUGAUUUUUGUUGAUGACUUAAAUAUGCCUGCUCCAGAAAAGUAUGGAGCCCAGCCGCCAAUAGAACUGCUUCGCCAGUGGAUGGACCAUGGGGGAUGGUGAGUGGAUUUUUCUGUCAUGCAUCUUUCAAAAGCACCCUGGUGCAUUUUUCGUCUUCUGAAGUCUUUGUCCAAUGAUGCCCUUUUCUUCUUUUUUUUUUUCUUUUUUUUUUUUUGACUGUCAGCUUGCCCUGCUUCCAACUCUCCUCUCAGGACUAUUAUAAAGAGCCUGUCAGAUACCACAUAAAUAGCAAGAGAGGUCUAAGCAGCCGCACUUCUUCCAACCUCUAUGUACACCCUAAG